GUAGUGAGAGCCAAUAAUCACACUCUGAGCUUUAUUCUCCUUGUCUCCAUCAAGCUGAGCUUCCUCUCUGUGUUUCUGUUCCUCGGUCGCCCUGUGGAUAUAACCUGCAUGCUCCGGCAAACCUCCUUUGGAAUCACCUUCUCCAUAGCUGUGUCUUGUGUCCUGGCCAAGACUCUCAUGGUUUCCAUUGCAUUCAAAGCCACCAAGCCUGGGAGUCCCUGGAGAAAAUGGGUUGGAGUCAAGGUGGCCUACUGUAUUGUUCUUUUUUGCUCAAUUAUCCAAAUACUAAUAAGUGUUAUCUGGUUGACCAUUUCUCCCCCAUUCUUGGAGCUAAACUUUCUUUUUGAACCUGGACAAAUCAUCAUUCAGUGCAAUGAGGGCUCAGUCAUUGCCUUCUAUAUUGUCCUCUCCUACAUGGGACUGUUGGCAUCUGUGAGCUUCAUUGUAGCUUUCUUGGCUCGGAGCUUACCGGACAGUUUUAAUGAGGCCAAGUACAUCACUUUCAGCAUGCUGGAUAAACCUGAUGAAGUUGUACAGAUGUGGAACUCCCACACUAUGAGACAAAGUAGCCAACAAAUGACCUAUGCAGGGAGACCUGCACUUCUGUACCUGUUACCUGGCGUGUAUGGAGUAGAAGAUCCACUUAAACCUGUUGAUAGUGAUGAACUUCACAGUACAAAACAGCUAUGUGAGCUCAGCUGCACCCAGGACUGCACCCAGGACUGCACCCAGGACUGCACCCAGGACUGCACCCAGGACUGCACCCAGGACUGCACCCAGGACUGCACCCAGGACUGCACCCAGGACUGCACCCAGGACUGCACCCAGGACUGCACCCAGGACUGCACCCAGGACUGCACCCAGGACUGCAAGAGCAAUAACACCUUGUAG